UAGGACUUCCGGGUCGGGGCGGAGCUAAGUGACGAAGUUCCGGCCGCUGACCCCGCUUGUCCUUCUGUUAGCGGCUGCCGGUGACAUCAUGGUGCUGGAGCUGAAGAAGGUGUUUGCUGGGGAACCCGAGGAGGAGGAAGAAGAAGAAGAGGAGGAAGUGGAGCUGGUGGACCCACUGACGGCGGUCAGAGAACACUGUGAGCAGGCAGAGAAGUGUGUGAAGGCGCGGGAGCAGCUGGAGAUAUGCGAGACCCGGGUCAACUCCAGAUCACAAACUGAGGAACAGUGCACAGAGGAGCUGUUUGACUUCCUGCAUGCCCGCGAUCAUUGUGUGAGUGUCCGCUGGAGGGGCGGGGCCAUCACGGGCGUCUAGCACUACUGUCUCUGC